AAGGAAAUAAACAUUCUUGUAUUGUAUACGACAACGAUCUUAAGAAAGCCCUUGGAUUUUGGACGGAGAAUGCUAGCAAGCGGCGAUCUCGAGGAAUCGGUCGCGGGACCGACGGUGAAAUAGGAGCAUCUCGGGGUCACGUCCUAACGCUAAUGAGGCGGCGAUCACGAUGGAGCCACGUGCGAUGAUGAUGUCGAACCUGUCGUGCGACGGCUGCGCGGAUAGCGACCGGGACUCGGACAGCAGCAGCAUGAUCGUGGACCCGGUGAGUCUCGACAAGAACGAUCUGUCGCCGCCGUCGCAGACGUCAUCAAGCCCGGUGAUACCGAGCUGCUCGCCGAUACCGAUGUCGACCUCGGCGCCGCCGUCGGCCGGCAGGAGUCGAGGUGGUAGCAGCGGCAGCGGCGGCGGCGGCGGCGGCGGCGGCGGCGGAGGCGGCGGCGGCGGAGGGCGUUCUUCCAAAAAGACAUAUUCGAUGAUGUCGGCGUCGGCCCAAUCAGGAAAGUCCAGUAGUUCGGGUCAACCCUCGUCCGGCUACGGCUCCGAUAAGAUGUCAUCGUCCUUGAUAAAACCACCGUAUUCGUACAUCGCUCUAAUCACCAUGGCGAUCCUGCAAUCGCCGCAGAAGAAGCUGACGCUGAGCGGUAUCUGCGAAUUCAUCAUGUCCCGCUUCCCCUAUUAUCACGACAAAUUUCCCGCCUGGCAGAACUCCAUCAGGCACAAUUUGUCGCUCAACGAUUGCUUCAUCAAGAUUCCGAGGGAGCCAGGAAACCCGGGAAAAGGCAAUUACUGGACCUUGGAUCCGCUGGCGGAAGAUAUGUUCGACAAUGGUAGCUUUCUGAGACGCAGGAAGCGAUACAAGAGGCCGCCGCCGCACUACGUACUGCGGGACCGUGCGAUAAUGGCUACCUUCGCCAUCUGCGGCGACCGGGGACCUUGUCCCGGCGGCGGUGGCGGUCAUCCAAACGCCCUGGCUUAUCCCAGUGCCGCUUAUCUAUCGCCGCCACCCGGUUUGCCGCUGCUGGAUUUCUCCCCGUCAACCUUGGAGGCGUUAAAGCUCGGCGGUUUCCUGGAACCGCCGCCGCCACUCUACAAACCCGUUCCCAUCACGGCGCCGCCGAUCAGGCAAAUCGAUCCGACCCCCGCCAGGAUCACGACGCUGCCGGCCAGCCACACGACGAGCGUCGACAAGAAGCGUAACUUCAGCAUCGAUGCGCUCAUCGGCAAGCAGGCGGCUAGCGAUCAGAAUUGCGGCGCGCUGCUGGAUCUCAGCCCGUCAGAGCAUAGAGAGAUCAGAAGCCAGGCAUCUGCCUUUUCGCCGCUCGUCUAGAAGCCUAGCGACCUUCUCUCUUAAUUGCGAAUAGUGACUUUCCUAAGGCGAUAGCGUAACUAAAGUGCAAAUGCGCUUUAAACGCAUGCGUCCUUACAUAAAAAAAAAUUUAUAAUUAUUGCUGCAUAAAAAAUCGUUCUGCCUUUAUCGUCGACAAUUAAAGUCCAGGAACUUCAGUUUUCGCCCCUUGAAAUAAAAAGUCGCACGAGAGAGAUAGUAUUCCUCCUCCCCUCUUAAAAAAAAAAAGAGUGAUCGGACCGUAAAGUGAACGCUGAACUUUAUCGCGUUAUCGAAAUUUCGGUGACCGUAUCGAGAUCACAUUGUGAACUGUGCGUCGCUGAUCAGAGACUUGGCUCUACCGGAGUAUUUUCAAGAGAUCCUCAAGAAUGACUCGGGAGAAUUCGUUUUAAUCGCUCCGCGAUGAACGACUCGCUCCAAAAGUGAUGGUAAUCGAUAUCGCUUAGCAGAUAUUCCCUGAUCGAUGCUAUCUAAAUGAAACAUUUUUAUUUUGUGUAUAAACAGAAUAUUCGGAAUUUGUGUUUCUCCGAGAUCUUAAUUUAUUAAUAUCAAAACAGAAGAUAAAUAUUCUUAAUACAAAAUUAGCAUGUCCCCGUAAUAUUUUGUAAAUAAUAAAUUUUCCUUUAAAUACAUUUUUUAUUACAUUAUAAAUAUUUUUUGUAUUAUUUAGAGAGGAUUCAUAUAUAAUGAGACACUCGACAUGCAACAUUUUCACAUCUUGUGAAACCUCAAUGUGAUUCUCUGAAAACGAAAUAUUUGCUCUGCAUGUGUUAACCGUAUAUUAUUACGAUAAAAUGCUCAGUGAUUGCAAGCGAUAAGAAGGACGUAUAUGAAGUCGAAAUUCAAGCGUUAUCUGUGUUAUCUACAAUCCUAAUUUUUAUUCCGUGAGAGAAGAGUGUCAUACUUCGCGUAAUCAAAUCAAUCCUGGCAUAAAAUUCCAGAUGGUCGUUUCUUACCGAGUAAUCAAAACGAAUCGCAGAAAUAAUAGAGAGACAUAUGAAUCGAUUUAAUGAAGAUGUAUAUCGAGGAUAAUGGCGCAUCCCGUAUGUAUCGGCGCAUCUUUGUAAAAAGGAGUAGUGCAAUAGCGUAGCGUUUUUGUUUAACAUCCCGCGUCGCUUCUCAAAAUGACUGGUGGAAGUAGAUAUAUCUAAGAUUUACAAAAUGCGAUAUCAAAAUUUCGAAAACGAAUCAAAUUUUUUAUCUUUCAGAAUAAUGUAACACGAAUAUCAUUAAUUAACUAUACUUAAAUUGCUGCAUUUAUGUGCAUACAGAACUUUCGCGUAAUAUGAUUAUAGUCACUAUAAUCAUAUUAAUUAAUGUAAAAUAAUACGUAAAUUAAUUACGCGAUUAAUCUCGCCCACAAACGGAGAAGUUGAACAAUAACGUACUUCCACUCGUCGAAUAAACGAGCUUUUGCGCGAACGAAGUUCGUUGUGCGAAUAAAUUGCCCCGCGUACCCUCCGAUUCCACUUUCGUUGCCUAGAACUGUCGAUUAGGCGAACUUAGGCCGCUUUUAUAUGGUCGAUUAAUAUCGGCAUUGUAAAUACGAGUCCCGAACAAAUAUAUGCGCAGCACUCUGUUAUAGCGCGCGCGCGGGGAGCACCUUUCUUCGGUGGAUUUAACGUAAAGCCGCCCGCCCUCCCCAUUUAGCCGUAAGCGGUAGACAUUUGGUGUACAUACAGCGAAUCCAUAGCGCGAUCCGUAUGUAAUUGUGAAUAUCUAUACGGCAUUUUACAGUUAAGAAACGUUAAGACACGUCUCGCGCGAUAUAAAGAGUACCCCGUUUUAAAAAGAGAAUAUUUUAAAUUAUUUUUAUCACUUUCAAGAUGUUACAUUUUGCAUUGUACGUGAUAAAGGAUCAUGCAAUCUUUAACGCAUAUCCGAAUUUUUGAGACUUAAAAAAAGAAAGCAAGAUUAUUUAAAUUUUUAGAAACGGGAAUUGUGCAUUUUGGAAAAUGUAACUUAUUGAAAGGAUCCUGACGAAUUAAAGCGCGCGUUUAUUUUUAAAGUUUUGAGAAAACUAAAACUGCAGGACAUAGUUAAAUUUAAAAUUAAUAGAAAAUUGGGAGAAAGUUAAUUAAUGAAUUUUCAUUUUGUUAAAGUCGAACACUUCGCAUAUAACUGUCAAAAUAUGUAAAAUCGAUUAGUGUACAUUAAUCUGAUAUUUAUGCUACAUAUGCAAUGACAUUAUUUGACAUUUGAUUAAAAAUACGCGAGCGUAUGCAAUACUUUUGAAAAUUAAAAAACUAAUAAUAUAUAUAAUUUAUAUUUAAUAACGAAAUUGAAAAAUCUACCCGCAAAUUCAGAUUAUUUUAACGUAAAAAUAUAAGCAAUCCCGCUAUCCCUACAUUGCUACGACCAGUGUACACAAAAUGUGAAAAUCUCGUAACGAGCGAGCAUUUAGCGAAUUUUUCCACGGUGAUAUAUUUUACUAAUAUCAUAUAUUUUUCAACUCAUUACGAGACACCACUUCGCGGUACUUCACUUUGUUCCUCGGCUAAGACUAAGCAGCGAAGUCAAGAUAUAUGUUUAGUUAUAGGCUACACAUCCUAUCGUUAAAAGAAUCGUCUGUAGAUCUUAGUAAGUAUUGUAUGUGUCAAAGUGAUAGAUUUAUAAUAAUAUGUAUAAUGAUAAAAAAAAAACACAAUAAAGUAUCGUUAAGUA